CCGGGGCCCCCCCGGGACCCCCCCCCGACGGCCCCCCCGGCCCCCCCGACCCCCCCAGCCUGUGGGACCGGACCCAGGCCGAGAUCGCCGAGCAGGCCAAGCACGAGGCGGAGGUGGAGCACCGGGUGGCGGAGAUGAAGCGGGAGGGGUUCUGGUCGCUGCGGCGGCUGCCGAAGGUGCCGGAGCCGGCGCGGCCCAAGGUGCACUGGGACUACCUGUGCGAGGAGAUGCAGUGGCUGGCGGCCGACUUCGCCCAGGAGAGGAGGUGGAAGAGGGGCGUGGCCAGGAAGGUGAGGCACCUGCGGGCACCUGGGGGCCACCUGGGGGCGCCUGGAGGGGGUUUGGUGGCACCUGGAGAGGGUUUGGGGGCACCUGGAGGGGGUUUGGUGGCACCUGGAGAGGGUUUGGGGUGGUCAAUGGUGGUCAACAGUGGUCAAUGGUGGUCAACAGUGGUCAAUGGUGGUCAACAGGGGUCAAUGGUGGUCAACGGUGGUCAAUGGGGGUCAAUAGAGGUCAAUGAUGGUCAAUGGAAGUCAAUAGAGGUCAAUGGUGGUCAACAGUGGUCAAUGGUGGUCAAUGGGG